AACACACUCAAUUCACCCACUGAAAUCACAGGACGAUGUCGUAUGUACCUCCUCACCUACGAAAUUCCUCCUCCGCCGCCGCCACAGUAGCUAAUGGUAACGGCGGUCACUUCGACUCGAAGCCGCUGAACAGUUCCUAUUCUCAGUUCAGUUCUGCUAGAAGCAACAAUAACAACAGCAGCUCAACUAAUUCGUGGAAUGCCGGUGGCCGGAGCUCCGGGAACCACGUUCCUCCUGUUCCUGACCCCGUAUUUCCUCAAUGGAAGCCGUCCGACCGAGUUUCUCGGCUCAAAGCGGAACAGGUUCAAGAGGUUCGUUUGAGGCUUAAUGUUGAUGCUACAGUUCCACCAGAUUCACAGACAGCGCCAGCACCUAUUGAAUCGUUCACCGACAUGAAUUUGCAUGCAAGCAUCAUGAACGAUAUUGCAUUUCAUGGAUAUACUACGCCUACUUCUAUUCAGGCUCAGGCCCUGCCAGUUGCUCUUAGUGGAAGAGAUCUUUUAGGCUGUGCAGAAACUGGCAGUGGUAAAACCGCUGCAUUUUCUAUACCAAUGAUACAGCACUGUCUUGCCCAGCCUCCUAUUCGACGUGGAGAUGGACCUUUAGCAUUAGUGUUGGCCCCAACUAGAGAGCUUGCUCAACAAAUAGAGAAAGAAGCGAAGGCCUUCAGUAGAUCUGUGGACUCAUUCAGAACUGCAAUUGUUGUCGGUGGAACUAACAUCUCUGAGCAGAGGUUUGAGCUGCGAGCAGGGGUGGAUAUAGUGGUUGCUACUCCUGGAAGAUUUAUCGACCAUCUACAACAAGGAAAUACUUCCUUAUCAAGGAUAUCAUUCGUUGUUUUGGAUGAAGCAGAUAGGAUGCUUGACAUGGGAUUUGAACCUCAGAUAAGAGAGGUGAUGCAAAAUCUUCCUAAGAAACAUCAAACUUUGUUGUUCAGUGCUACUAUGCCAGUGGAGAUUGAAGAGUUGGCACAGGAAUACUUAACAAAUCCAGUCCGGAUAAAAGUUGGAAAAGUUAGCAGCCCCACAACAAAUGUGUCCCAAUCUUUGGAGAAAGUAGCAGAAAAUGAGAAGAUUGACAGACUGCUAGAUAUGCUUGUCGAGGCAUCUGCUCAUUCUGAAAGAUGUGGCCACUCAUUUCCCUUGACCAUUGUAUUUGUGGAAAGAAAGAGCAGAUGUGAUGAAGUUGCUGAAGCAUUGGUUCAACAAGGUCUUCAAGCAGCUGCACUUCAUGGUGGCCGUAGUCAAAGUGAGAGAGAGACUGCUCUCCGUGAUUUCAGACAAGGUCCUACCAGGAUACUUGUUGCCACAGAUGUUGCGUCUCGCGGAUUAGAUGUUACUGGUGUUGCUCAUGUCAUCAAUCUGGAUCUUCCAAAGACCGCAAGAAGAAAGGAGAAAGAAGCGUUAGCGGCUCACAGAGAAGCAAAGGUUGCACUAUCAAAGCUCUCAUUGGUGGGCUCGACUGCUAUAAACGUCGAGGAUAAGUAUAGGCACAUGAUCGGCCCAGGUGCUGGUAGAAAUGAAGGUGCUGCUGAUGAUGCUUGGGAUGAUUAG